AUGGCUCAAAUACACCCACCAUCUGAGAAGGAGUCCACUGCCAAUGGGACGACGCCCAGAAAAGUCUUCUUCUUUGACAUUGAUAAUUGCUUGUAUCCCAAGAGCGCUAAGGUCCAUGAUCUUAUGGCUGACCUUAUCGACCAAUACUUUGUCGCCCACCUCUCGCUCCCCUGGGACGAUGCUGUGCGGUUGCAUAAGGAGUACUACCAAAACUACGGCCUAGCCAUCGAAGGGCUGGUACGACAUCACCAGAUUGACCCUCUAGAGUACAACGCCAAGGUGGAUGAUGCGCUCCCUCUCGAUGGUGUUAUCAAGCCCCGGCCAGAACUCAAACGGCUGCUCGCCGACAUUGACCGGAGCAAGGUCAAACUGUGGCUCUUCACCAACGCCUACGUCAACCACGCAAAGCGGGUCGUCCGCCUCCUCGAGAUUGAGGAGUAUUUCGAGGGAAUCACCUACUGCGACUACAGCGAGGUGCCGCUGACCUGCAAGCCGCACCCUGAUAUGUACAAGAAGGCAAUGCGGCAUGCGGGUGUCGAGAAAUAUGAGGACUGCUUCUUCGUUGACGACUCAUACCAAAACUGCAAAAAGGCGCAGGAUCUCGGCUGGACCGUAGCACACCUUGUUGAAGAGGACGUCAAGCCUCCCAAGACUCAGGCUUCCAAGUUCCAGAUUCGUCACCUUGAGGAACUGCGGAGAGUAUUCCCGGAGGUCUUUACGAAGGCCCCUACCCCGAAUGAGGGUUGA